CGGCACAACACACUUCUUCAUCCACCCACUGCAACCCAACAUCUAAACCAUCACCCAUUACAUCUCAUUUCAUUUUGUUUCCCUUCACCUUACAAACACCUUUUUGACAAACGCGCUCGCCCAUGAUGGCGCGUCGCGUGUCAAACGAUUCCAUCGAGGGAGCGGUCUACCUCGAAAAAUAUGAGAACGCACGUAAGCCAGACAAUGACCAAGAAAUGACCAGAUUUUUGCAAUCCGUCAGUACCCAAGCAGUCGUGGGUAGCCCUAAAGCCAACGCCCCGUCCGGACAAUUGGAAGUAGGCUAUGCCUAUAAGCAUCAAGGACGCGUUAACGACAAUUCGCUAUCGAAGGUGAAGAACAUGUUCAGCACCGCCGCGGCAACUGGAAAGGGUAAGGCCGGACUUGGUUAUAAUGAGCCGACCGACAUCGAGGAUCCGGAAAAGGCUAGCCGUAAGCUUUCGUCCAAGAUGACUAAGAUCAAGAAGUUCUUCAGCAAAGAUGAUAAGGACGCAACAACUUCGAUGUCGGCUAGCGCUGAGAAGGUGCUAGCUAUGUUGAAGAGCCCAAACGCUCUUCCCGUCAAUAUCCCCAACCUUCCUGAGUUACCUAAGAUGGUACAAAGCGUGAGCAAUGCUAAUCUCUCACGCAACGUUGCUCCGCGACAUGUCGCCUAUGACGAUGGCCAAAGUGACGACGGUCCACGUAAACUCUAUAAGAAGAAGGCGAUUGAGGGAGGCAAGUCUGGUUUCGAGGAGAAGACAAUGGCGUACGGUUCUGCUGAGGAUACCAACCGAAAGAAAGUGGCUGCCUCGGAUAUAUCAGGUAGAUCGCGUAAUGUCGUCAUUGCCCACGAACCUGUCCAGCAUAAGGUUGAACAAGAGGCCCAGUCUGCUGAAGUCUCAUCACACCGCACUCCCAUUAUUCAUCGUGAACAAUCUAAGAAGCCUCUUUAUGACGACCAAGGUUUCUGGAUCGGGGAGUCCGAUAGCGAGGAUCCCCACGAUCCCCAUGUUGGAUCUCGCGACGUCCGCUCUCCUCGCCCGCAGUUCGAACAUCGGGAUGUGAAUGACUCCGAAGAUGAUGACGUUGAAGAGGGUUCGUCUCCGGCUCUUAGACGCAUGGCUUCGAACGAUACCGUUGUUGUCAACUCGCUUGCUAUCGCCCAUUACACGCCGUCUAUCCAGCAAUUCAUAGCCAGGCCGGAGCAGGCAACCAGGGACUAUGCAAGGGCUAUCCAGUUGGCGAAGGCGCAACAGGAAGCAAAAGCCAGACGACUUGCGGAAGCUAAAGCGAAGGAGAAGGCUGACAUUGAGGGCGGUCAGGAUUCCAGUCCCCAAGGAGCGAUACCUAGCGUUCCUUCAUUCCAGGAGCUCAAACGCCAAGAAGCCGAGGAAGGCAAGGGCCCAGAGCAACUUCACAAGGACAGACAGGUGGGAGUCAAACACUGGCUGGGCAGUCCUCGAUUGGAUUCCCGUCCCGAGAGUCCGGACUCGCCACGACAGGUUCAUUACGGGCCACGACAACCCCGCACAAAGUUAGAAUCCAAGGAGCGCAAGAUUUCAUCAUCUUCAACUAGUCGUGAGAGAUCAAUCAGUCGUGAUGCGCAGCGUGUGCGCCAGCAUUUUGGUCUCCCACCCGCUUCCACCGAGUCUGGCGGAUCUAAGAGAGUUGAGAUUCUGUCGACUAUUGAAGAGGAUGACUUGGAAGCCAACUUUCAAUCUCCCGGUUUCCCUAAGCUCUACCAUCCAACUCCUACUCGCACAGUUCGUAUAAGACCUUCGGCCUAUGAGGGGCUUUCAUCCGCUCGCAAGGAGCCCGAGACAUCUGCUAGUCCCCAACGUGACACGGCUGAGCCGCCCAGCUCACCAUUCGAUCGAGACCCUAGAGACCACGUGCAGGAAUAUUCGCGACCUGUGAAGACUAUCUCGCCACCGAGUACCCCUAAAGCUCAGAUAGUUCGAAGACAGCUCAGCGCGGCAGAGGAGAUCGAGCGCAUCAAUAAACACAUCGUGGACGCCUACGACGGCAAGUGUGAGUAUAACGACUAUGAAGCCCCUAGCGACAUCACAGUUGGCCUUAGUCCAGUCACUCUUCUGCAAAUGUUUCCUCGCCCGCUUCACAUUAUUAAAAAUCCUAAGAAGACUCGAGGCAACGCUCACUCGCCCACCCCUGCCUCCAAGGGACCACGAGGAGGUCAAGCACUCGAAGGACUCCAAGGACGACGUCCGCUCCCAGUUGCUCAGCGAUACACACAACCCCAGCAACCCCAGCAAUCUCAGCAGCCUGGACUAUCCGAACUGCAGCCGCCUCAGCACAACGCGACCGGCGAGGGUGCGUGGGAUGAACGCUUCCGUGAUGACAGUAAUGAGGUUUCCUCCGGUCAUAAAGCACUGAUUAUCGAAGGGAUGGGAAAAGUCAUGACGGAGGUACUAGAUCGCAUGGAGAAAAUGGAAGAACGUAUGGAGGGAUUGAAAGGUUAUGUGGAUAAUUUGGAAGAUCGCACGGAGAGAGUGGAAGACCUACUGGAAGAGGUGGAUGGCGGGCUCGUCCGCAUGCGACGAACGGUGGCUAAGAUGCUUGGGAUUGAUACUUCGUGGCCCCCUAACGGCCAGAACCUUGAGGGGGAUGAAGAGGGUAAGGAGGGUAAGGAGGGUAAGGAGGGUGAGAAGGGUGAAAAGGGUGAGAAGGGUGAGGAGAACGAGGAGGAAUAAACGACGCUGAACAUCUGCGGAUAUUACCCUGGCCUGUACAUGACGGUGCUUGCACCAUUGCAGGUCAGGGGCCUUGCACGAGCUUAUGAUGAGAUGAUUACGUUUCCUUCCUCGAAUCCCGUCGGCAUUCGUAUAUACGUCUUUAUUAAGACGAUAUAUACAAAGUUGACUGGUAGGGAGAGGACAUUAAAGGAUGAUUCAAGCAACAGUUGAAGUUCC